AUGGUGAUCUCGCCGCCUACCAUCUCGCUUCUGGCACCCCAGGGUGUUCCACAGCGGUCGGGCGCCCACAACAACACCUCCAACGGCUUCUACGGGUCUGGUUUACCCCAGAACGACGUUUCUUCCGCGCAAAACGGCGGCCGAAUGCCCAAUCCAGCCCUGGUCCACGCUGAUCCACUUUCAUCGUCCAUUCCGAUCCCACAGAGAGACCUGCUCUCGUCCCUGGCUCUGCCCUUGGCCACCGACGCCAACACGGGCUCGCUUCCGGUGCCGCAAGACGCCCCUAUAGCGCUCUCCAUGCUGCCCUCGGGAAUCGACCACUUGGGUUUGAGUCCAAGCAAUAGACCUCCUAGCGGCUCCAACGGCAUGCCGGGCCGCCGUGUCCGCCUGGGCCUGCUAUUUCUGACCAUGCUGAUCUGGAACGACGACGCCGUGUCCCUCAGCCCGGGCCACCUGGGCCUGAGCUUCUUGGACUACGAUACAACCAACCUGGGCCUGGCUCAGUUCAUCAGUCCGACCUUGGGAGCCCAGCCGUCCUCGCUCGACGCCAGCUUCCUCUCUAAUCCCACCCGAAACCGCUCCCACACCACCAGCGGCGCCCACCCGGGCCAGUUAUCCGAGCCCCAGGUGCCUCUGCCCUUUGUGUCGAGUGAAAAGCCCGUGCUUUUCGAUAAUCUCAUGCUUAAUAUCCCCGACGGUGCCGGCAUGACCCGAAACCGCUCGCAGACCUACUCAGGCGUGGCCUCCAACCUUCCAGACCUCUCCAACCCCAUAAUGCUUCUCCAGCAGGGUCAGGCCCGUCCUUCUAAUCAGCAUCCUAAUCCGCCUUCCGCUCUGCAUUACCGUCCCCACCACGACACCGUCUCGGCCGCCGUGUACCAGCCGAUCUUGGAGAACGACUUUAAUUUUGCCCUGGUGGUGGUGACAACAAAUUUUGAAAACCCCAGCUUGGGUCCUACUCUGUCGCUUCUUUUGGACAAUGUACCUCAGUUCAUGGACGCUGCGAAGUUGUGGCACCUCAUUGCCAGCUUUCCUGGCGCUGUGGGCAAUCCUUUGCAUGGAAGAGGUGUCAUUGGCAUCAGAAUGAGCACCACAAGCACUUCCAAGUUGGCCUUGGUCGAGUGUGCUUCCAUCGAGGUUGCCAUGAAUUUGAAGGCUAAUUUUAACCAUUUGGAGCUCGUCCCAGGCCACAUCUUGUACGUGGCUUUUGCUAAACUCUCCGAAAGGCCACUCAGCCAAAGCUUCAAGCUGAACGGUUCUCCUUACAAGGCGGAAUCCAGCAAUGCCUCGCUCAAGUCCAACUCUGGCAGUUUGAACAAACCUCAAAGUAGAGCCUCCAAGCUUCGUCCUCAGGGUUCCACUGAAGUUGAUCUUCCUGCUAUCCAGGAUGACUUGAUCCACUUGGUCUCGACCUUGUCCAUGUUGGAUUCAGUCAAUAUCAACCGCGUGAAGUUGCUUUUGAAGCACACCAUGGCUUUCCCAAAGGAUAAGUACGAGAGCAACUUUGGGCCAUUGCCUGAUCCCAUCCCAAUGCGCCAGUUUGAUUCGCCCAAAUUGAGAGAAUUGCGUAAAAUCUUUGAAGCUACUGAAAAGGCCAACUCUGACAGUCCAGGCAAGGCCGAAUCGCCAGACUCUGAGCCUGAAACCAUUACUCAGCCAGAAUUGGAGGCUUUGUGUCUCGCCAUGUUGGACGAGUUGCCAGAAUUGUGCUACGAUCAUAUCGGAAACACCAUUGUCCAAAAGUUGUUCACGUUGGUGGAGUCGCCUUUGAUCAAGUUGAUGAUGGUCAAGGAGCUUGCUCCUUACUUGACCCAGUUUAGUAUUCACAAGAACGGUACUUGGGCCAUUCAGAAGAUCAUCAACUUGUGCCACAAUGACUUCACUCAGAUGACCAUCAUUGCCGAAAGCUUGAAGCCAUACACAGUCAAGUUGUUUAAUGACCAGUUUGGUAACUACGUGGUGCAAUGCUGUCUCAAGUUUGGCUCGCCAUACAAUGACUUCAUCUUUGAAACCAUGAUUGACAACUUCUUGGAGAUCUCUUUCGGAAGGUUCGGUGCUCGUUGCAUCCGUACCAUUCUUGAAACUGCCAGUGACACCAAAUCUGCAAACAAGGGCUACGUUUCGAACGAGCAGAUGUUCUUGGUUGCCAGUAUGAUUGUCGAGUUCGCCAAUGAGUUGGUGGUCAACAACAACGGUUCCUUGCUCAUUACUUGGUUCUUGGAGACUUUCAACGGCUGCAAGGGUUUGAAGCACGACUACCGCUACGAGUUGUUGUGUGACAAGUUCUUGCCUCACUUGGGGCACUUGUGCACUCACAAGUUGGCAAACUUGACCAUCUUCAACAUCUUGAACAACCGUAACGACAUGGCUGUCAGACAGAAGAUCAUGAGUGAGAUCUUUGGACACUUCAACGAGCACGAUCUUGAAGAGAUGAGCGCCCGCCCACCUACCGUUCUUUUGGAGACCAUUUUGGCUGAAAACCAGGAACAGAGCACCGGCCCUCUUUUCAUCUACAAGAUCGUCUCGAACCCUAUGCUUAUGAACAUUGGAAACGAGCUCAGCAAUGCCAGAUACAAACAGUACAUCAUUGGCCAGGUGAAGAGGGUUCUUUUGGAGAUUCAGAUCACCAACCUCCAGCCAUACAAGAAGCUUGUUGAAGAGGUUGGACUUGCCACUAACAGAUUGAGUCGUUCUGGCCUGACCACCCGCAAGGGCAAGAGAGACCGUAGAGGCAAGACCCACUCGCCUCAUCGUGCUACACAGCCAAUGAUCCAGCCAUACAUGCAGCCCAACCAGGGCAUGCCCAUGGUCUAUGGAAUGCCCAAGAUGCCAAUGGGUGAGGCCAAUCCAGGAAUGCCACCCAACGGAUACUAUCAGCCCCAGGAUGUGCAUCCAGGCAUGUACAACGGAAGCAACCAGGACAUGGGACCGCUUUACCAGCAGAGACAGCAAUAUGUACAGCAACAGCAGCUUCAGGACGUGAACGUGAUGCAGCAGCUUGAACAGCUCUCGUUGAGCUCUGCAGCCAUGGGUUACAACUCCAAUCCCGACACCCCCAAAAUCAGCCAUGGCACCCGCUUUGCCUAG